GUUAGAGAACAGACAAGAAUUCCAGCAGAAUUUCUUCAAUGCUAUUGUGACACGUGUCACACUGACUCCCUUCUCGCGAGAGUGCACCAAAAGAGGAAGAACCCGGAGACAUUCAGAAGACCGUCGAAGACUGACAGGAGAAGAAGUGGAAGAUGAAGUAGGAGAGGAGAGAGAGAGAGAGAGAGAGAGGAUCGGACGAGGAAGAGAGAAAAAGGGGGAAGAUGAGAGAGGGAAGGAAGGGAGCACAGCAGCAGCACUCCGUUGACGACAAGUACACCCACUGGAAGAGUCUUGUCCCCGUUCUCUACGACUGGCUCGCCAACCACAAUCUCCUCUGGCCCUCUCUUUCUUGCCGGUGGGGUCCGCUGCUCGAGCAAGCCACUUACAAGAAUCGCCAGCGGCUGUAUCUUUCUGAGCAGACUGAUGGCAGUGUUCCAAAUACUCUUGUAAUUGCAAAUUGUGAAGUUGUCAAACCCAGGGUUGCAGCUGCAGAGCACAUAUCUCAGUUCAAUGAAGAGGCACGCUCACCGUUUGUGAAGAAGUUCAAAACCAUUAUUCAUCCUGGAGAGGUGAACAGAAUCAGGGAACUCCCCCAGAACAGCAAUAUAGUGGCCACCCAUACUGAUAGCCCUGAUGUUCUCAUUUGGGAUGUUGAGGCACAACCUAAUCGUCAUGCUGUUCUUGGAGCUGCAGAUUCUCGUCCAGAUUUGAUAUUGAUUGGGCAUCAAGAUAAUGCAGAAUUUGCUCUUGCAAUGUGCCCAACUGAACCUCUCGUGCUCUCUGGAGGAAAGGACAAAUCUGUAGUAUUGUGGAGUAUUCAAGACCAUAUAUCAACAUUAGCCACAGACUCAGCCAACCCCAAGUCUACUAGUUCUGGGGGGUCAAUCAUUAAAAAUAAUUCUAAGCUUGGUGGUGAAAAUGAUAAAGCUGCUGAGGGCCCUUCUAUUGGACCACGAUGUAUAUUCCAAGGGCAUGAGGAUACAGUAGAGGAUGUGCAGUUCUGUCCCUCAAGUGCACAGGAGUUUUGUAGCGUCGGUGAUGAUUCUUGUCUCAUAUUGUGGGAUGCUAGAGUGGGCUCUACCCCAGCUGUCAAGGUUGAAAAGGCACAUAAUGCUGAUCUUCAUUGUGUUGAUUGGAAUCCCCACGAUGAAAAUCUAAUUUUAACUGGCUCUGCAGAUAACUCUGUCCGAAUGUUUGACCGUCGGAAUCUCACUUCUGGUGGAGUUGGCUCACCUAUCUAUAAAUUUGAAGGUCACAAAGCUGCUGUUCUUUGUGUGCAGUGGUCUCCAGACAGGUCAUCCGUCUUUGGAAGUUCUGCUGAAGAUGGCUUCUUAAACAUUUGGGAUUAUGAAAAGGUAGGAAAAAAGAAAGAGCGUGGAACAAGAACAACAAAUUCUCCUCCAGGCUUGUUUUUCCAACAUGCCGGGCACAGGGAUAAAGUUGUUGAUUUUCAUUGGAAUGCAGCUGAUCCGUGGACUGUUGUUAGUGUUUCUGAUGAUUGUGAUACCACUGGAGGGGGUGGCACCUUGCAGAUUUGGCGCAUGAGCGAUUUGAUCUACAGGCCCGAAGAGGAAGUCCUGGCCGAGCUCGAGAGGUUCAAAUCACACGUAGUUACGUGUACUUCGAAGCCUUAGGGGUAUAGAACUUUCACCAUAGCAUGCACCCCAACAUCGCUGAAGAUCAGUUUCUGUAUCAAUUAUAUGUAUGGCUGCGGCUGUUGUGGUUUUGUGUCUCAGGACUCAUAGAGAUCUUGGAUAUUUAACAAUCUUUUAAGUUUCAAUACAGGUUGGUUGUAUUAAUUCACUUAGGAAUGUCUGGAUUAAGGAUUUUGAUUGGGUAAAAAUUUUAUUUUUAGUUA